AAUCAUCUCACAACUAACUCAUCUUUUGCACGAAUCCAACACUUAUACUUCAAUUUCCUCGAUUUCGUGAAUGCAAACAUUUUGAUCUCAUUUUUACUACAUUCGACAUUAGAGCAAGAUCUAUGGAGAUAUACACUUAAUUAAGAAGUUUCUUAAGAAUUUGAGCAUACUAUAGUUGGAAAAGAGCAAAGCUAGACAAGAAAUGGAGGGGUCAGGAAGUCCAGUGAAGGAGGAUAAGUUACCACCCGGCUUCCGAUUUCACCCGACCGACGAAGAACUCAUCACUUACUAUUUAAUCAACAAGAUCUCCGACGCUACCUUCACCGGAAGAGCCAUUGGAGACGUAGAUCUCAACAAGUGUGAGCCUUGGGAUCUUCCAGGGAAGGCGAAAAUGGGAGAGAAAGAGUGGUAUUUCUUCAGCCUCCGUGACCGGAAGUAUCCGACGGGGGUGAGGACGAACCGGGCCACAAACACGGGAUAUUGGAAGACGACCGGGAAAGAUAAGGAGAUAUAUAACAGCAACACGUCGGAGUUGGUGGGAAUGAAGAAGACUUUGGUGUUUUACAAAGGGAGAGCUCCGAGAGGAGAGAAGACCAAUUGGGUCAUGCAUGAAUAUCGAAUUCAUUCCAAAUCUUCUUAUAGAACUAACAAGCAAGAUGAGUGGGUAGUCUGCCGUGUGUUCCAAAAGAGCGCCGGAGGUAAAAAAUACCCAUCAACCCAAUCCCGGGCCGUCAACCCUUUCUCCUACAACCUCGACCUUCCCAUGCAGUCACAAAUCAGUAUUCAGCCAGACAAUUUCCACUUUCCCGCCAGAAACUAUGCCGACAUCCACGAUCAGUUCAACCGGGCCAUCGCUGCCGGCGCCGCCUCCGCCAGCAUGAUCAACUUCCCCGUCCCAUCGCAGGUCAACUACGGCGCCGCUGCAGGAGCCUUCACCAUAUCCGGCCUCAACUUGAACCUCGGCGCCGGAAUGAGGGCCGCAGCGCCGCCGCCUCAGCUAGGGAUGACCCAGCAAGACGUGUCCGCCGCCGUCAUGGGCGGCGAACAGGCGCCGGUGUAUGGAGGGGACAUGAACAACAACAGGUUUGAGGGCAUGGAGCAGUGUGGUGACUUGGAUAACUACUGGCCUUCUUAUUGAUGAGGAUGCAUUAUUUGGUGAUUAGAAGGCAAGUAAUUGUAUAAUAAUAAGGUAGUAAUUCUAUAGUUGGAGGGUUUGUAGUUUUAUCUAGUUGGAAGUUUGUUAUUUUGUUAAAUUUGCUUGGAAAGUGUAUUAGGAAGAACCAGUUUGAAAUUAUUAUGUGCAACUCUUGAUGAAUUUGAACACCUAUCUUUUGAACUAA